ACUCCUAGCAGGUUAGUGUAAUGCUGCACUGCUUCUCUGCCUUUGGCAUGUUGUUGAUGUCAGAAUGACGUUGGGGAGAGGGACAGCCUAUGUACUAUAAAGAUAGAUCAAGCAAAUAUAUCUAGGCUGCCCAUCAGAAAACUGGAGCUACAAAACAUGGUCCCCAACACUUUGAAGUUUGCUGGUCUGUCUCUGUUCCCUAGUCAUUUUCUCACAGGCUUUAGUUUCAUGUCAGCAGUCCCUAUCUGCCUUCCAAAAAUAAGCCUCUGCCGCCAUGCUAAAGGGAGAAAAACAAGAAGGGCGGUAUUUUUAGGGACAUUAAUUCUGACCACGUGUCUACAAGGUGAACCGGAUGGCUGUUUCACAAAGCCUACUCAUCACUAUGUCCUAUGGAGCCAGAAUUCACUGGACGUUACUUGCUUUUGUUGUGUUUGGUUUUCUGGCUGGGAUUGUUUCAUCGUAUCCUCUUCCAAAUAGAGCUAAUGGAAGGUCACUGGAAAGAAGAUGGGAAUCUUUAUUCUCCAGGUCUUUGGGAUUGACCGCAGAUAAAUCAGAUGUAAAGUGGAAGAACGACUAUUUGGUUGGAAUCAAAAGACAGAGAAGGCUUUACUGCAAUAUAGGAAUCGGGUUUCACCUACAGAUCCUCCCAGAUGGAACGAUAAGUGGGGUACAUAGUGAAAACCAAUACAGUCUUUUAGAAAUUUCAACUGUAGAACGAGGGGUUGUUAGCUUGUAUGGUGUGAAAAGUGACCUGUUUGUAGCAAUGAACAACAAGGGUCGGAUGUAUGCCUCGCGAACAUUUCAGGACGAAUGCAAAUUUAAGGAAAUUCUACUAUCAAAUAAUUACAAUGCCUACGAAUCAAAGCAAUAUCCUGGAGCUUAUCUUGGCUUAAGCAAACAUGGAAGAAUUAAGAGAGGAACAAAAAUCUCACCAGCCAUGACAGUGACACACUUUCUUCCAAGAAUGUGAUGGCUGUUGAUGCUUAACCUAAAAUGUGUAUUUAAAUUUUGCACAUGUGAAUAAUCUCCCAGGUAAAAUAUUUAUACGAUAUAAGAAUAUAUGUAUAUUUGGAUGGAAAUCUUUGUACUGAAUCCAAAAUGACCGGCUCCCAACUUGUAUGGCGCUUUCUGUACUACACACACUGUAAACUUAAACUUAUCUCUAAAGGAUAGAGGUUAUGUGUUUUUUUUCCCCAACAAUUCUUGUUAUUUUUUUUUUCUGCUGGGAAACUGAACAUGAAGUUCUUAACGCUUAUAAAAAGUCAGUUAGGUAUUUUCUUUACCUCAAAGACAACUUCCUGUUUUGUGGCUGACCCAGUAGGUGCAUGUAUAUAGCUAAUUGUGAAUGUUGCAUUUUUCUAAGGUUAAAAUUAAUCGAGGAAGCUGAAUGUGUUAAAAAAUGUUAUGGAUUUACAUCACUAAGAAGCCAUGUUCCCUCUGAGGUAUAUUUUUUUUUAUUUGUGCAUGCGCACAAAAAGAGACGCUAUUUACUCAUAUUUUUAAAAAAAAAUUCUAAAAAUUAAAAAAAUAUAUGUUUUUAGGUUGUUGGUUUUUUUGAUAACAUUUUACAAGAAAUAAACAUUAAAUAAAUAAAGUAAAAAUAAUAAAAUCUAUAUUGUCACAAUCAA